GAAGAAUGACAGUAGCAGCCAUCCGCCCCUGCCACUAUCUCCUCCCGCCGCCACGCGCCGCCGCCACCGGCUGCUCGUCGAGUCCUAAGGGGAGGUGCCGCUUGCCGUCGCCCAGGCCCCGGCGCUCUCCAGCCCCAGCAGGCCUCCGCUGCACCCGUCGCUGCGUCGCGGCAGCGGGCCACAGAUCGCGCCGGCGGCGCCUCACAUCUCCUCCUCCUCCUCCGGUGGUGCCCGGGAGGCGCGUCCGCUCCCAAUCCGGCGCGGACCCGACAGGCCGAGGAGGAUUGAUUGUCCACGGAGCUGCCCAGCGACGCGACGCCGCACGCCUUGGCAGAAGUAGCAGUUGUGCCAAAUUCUACAUUCGUAUAUGGUAUUAAGAGGAGGUAUUAGUGGUGGGCUGAUUCUCUGGGAGAAUGGAACGUAAUGACCUUCGGAUGACAAUCCACUCCCAUGGCGGCGACAUCAACCACAGCCACGGUCACGCCGCUGUUAAUCCACCUACUGCGCGGCGCCACCGACCACGCGUCUGUAGCCGCCACCCACGCAAAGCUGCUCAAGGUCGGCACCGCCUCCGCUGUCUCAUCUUGCAACCACAUCAUCGCUGCUUACUGCCGAUGCGGCGUCACUGCCCGCGCUCACGACCUGUUCGAUGGAAUGCCCGAGCGGGACGUCAUCUCCUGGACAGCCCUCAUGUCCGGGUACUCUAGCACCGGCCGACCUCGCCUUGCUGUUUCCCUCCUCCGUGACAUGUCUCACAGCGGUGUGCCACCGAAUGCCUUCACCUUCUCGACUGCCGUUAGCGCGUGCGCACGCCUUGCUGAUGCUGGACUUGGGCGGAAAGUGCAUGCCCGUGCUGAGGUCGAGGGCUAUGCGUCUGAUGCUGUUGUUGCCACCGCGCUCAUUGACAUGUAUGGCAAGGCCGGAGAUGUGGAGACUGCACGUGCAGUGUUUGAUGGUAUGGCUGCUCCGGCGAGGAAUGCAGUUUCAUGGGGCUCGAUGCUGUCUGUAUACGCGCAGAAUGCGCUUGGGCGUGAGGCCAUCCAACUUUUUGCCGAGUUCAGAACGAAAAGCAAUUUCAUGGCGCCCAACCACUUCAUGCUGUCAAGUGUUGUGAAUGCGUGUGCAGGUGUUGGGCGGCUUGGAGUUGGCAAGUCUGUGCAUGGGACAGUCCUUCGGUUUGGGCAUGGAUGCAAUGGCGUGAUUGUUGUAGGCUUGGUUGACAUGUACUCCAAGUGUGGAUUCUACGAGUACUCAAGAAAGGUAUUUGACAGGAUUGAGCAUCCAUCGGUCAUCUGCUAUACCUCCAUCAUCGUGGCAGCAGCAAAGUACGGUCUUGGGAGGUGCGCACUCACUUUUUUCAAUGAGAUGAUCGAUCGAGAUGUGCUACCGAACAGUGUUACACUGCUUGGCGUCAUGCAUGCUUGCAGCCAUUCAGGUCUUGUUGAUACUGGCCUCCAUCUCCUCCACUCCAUGCAGAGCAAAUAUGGCAUCCAUCCAUGCGCCAGCCACUACACAUGUGCGGUUGACAUGCUCGGCCGAGCAGGACGGCUUGAGGAGGCAUUUGAGCUGGCCAACGAAGCGCAGGUUGAAGGCCGUGAUGCCCUCAUGCUGUGGAGCUCAUUGCUGUCAGCUUGCCGGACACAUAGGCGCUUAGAUCUAGCCACCAGGGCUGCCCACAGAGUGUCAGAGUUCAACCAAGAUGUAGCAGGUGCACUGGUAGUGAUGUCAAAUGCAUACACUUCAGCCGGCCAGACUGACAAUGCUGCUGCUGUAUGGUCGAACAUGAGACGACGAGGCAUACAGAAAGACCCUGGGUGCAGCUGGAUUGAGAUAAAAGACAUACCGUACGUGUUCUACGCCGGAUUGGUAUCACCCGCCGGUGCAAGGGCAGGUGAAGUGAUGAUGUUGCUUGAUGAGUUAGAGGGUAAGAUGCGGGAGAAGGGUUACAAGGGUGGACUAGGUAGUACCAGAGUCUUUGAUGCUCAUGAAGAGGAUGGAGAGGACGGGAAAGGCGAGAUGGUUGGAGUGCACAGCGAGUUAUUGGCUUUGGGGUUUGGUUUGCUGGUUACCCCCAAGGGGAUGACCAUCAGGGUGAUGAAGAACCUGAGGAUGUGCUGCGACUGCCAUGACGCGUUCAAGCUCAUAAGUGACAUUAUGGAGCGUGAGUUUGUUGUGAGGGAUCUGAAUAGAUUCCAUCACUUCAAGAUGGGGUCAUGUUCUUGCAAUGACUACUGGUGAUUCA